UCGUUCUCAAAACGAAGUGUGGUCAAACCCAUCGAGUCCCCUUCAUUGGAACCACGGGCGACACCCCUCCAGACCUACGUCCCUAGGACCCUCGUCCCUCUAGGUCCCACCCAGACAUCGCCUUCACUUCUCCUCGUCAGUUUGCUCACUUCAUACGACAGGAGGACGUCACGUUCUACUCAGUGAAUGUCAUGGAUCUUCUUCGCUACGAUCCACUCUGCCCCAAGGUUGAGCUCAUCUCACUGGAGCCCGAUCCUCCUGACCCUUGCUCCAUCUUCGCGGCUCCUAUCUCUACGUCCACUCGUCAGCUUGCGGAUACCCCCUCCACGUCCUUGGCCCCUGCGCUGUCGACUGUCGAGUCCACACAUACGUCUCGUGCCGACGCAGACAUUGAGGAACUCACACGGUUCACGACAGACUUAGAGCCCGCCGUUCGCGACCUGAUUCGAGAGUACCGCGACGUCUUCCCUCCGUAUUUCUCAUACAGCGGGAUCCCUCCGAUGCGCGGUGUUGAGCAUUCUAUCCAACUCGUGCCCGACUAUCAUGUUCACCAUCAGGCACCGUACCGACUCUCGAUUCCAGAGGCGACGGAAUUCAAGCGUCAGCUUGAGGAGCUCCUUCGACUGGGUUUCAUUAAACCCAGUAACUCCCCUUGGGGUGCACCUGUCCUCUUUGCUCGCAAAGCGGACGGAACUCUCCGCCUCUGCAUUGACUACCGCGGCCUUAACCGUUACACGGUUAAGAACAACUAUCCGAUGCCCCGCGCGGAUGAGUUGUUUGACCGUCUAGCAGGCAACCGUUUCUUCACGAAGAUCGAUCUUCGUAGCGGUUAUCACCAGAUCUGUGUUGCCGCAGAGGAUCAGUCGAAGACCGCCUUCCGGUCACGCUUCGGCCACUACGAGUUCACGGUGAUGCCAUUCGGCCUCACCAAUGCAACCGCCACCUUCCAGACGGCGAUGAACGACAUCUUCAGGGACAUCUUUGAAGAAUAUGUUCUCGUAUACCUGGACGACAUCUUGGUCUACAAUCGUACCUUAGAAGACCACAUCAGACACCUCUGCGAUGUCCUACAACACUUACGCAAGCAUGGCUUCUAUGCCAAGCUCAGUAAGUGCCGCUUUGCCCAGCGCAAAGUGGACUUCCUAGGACACCAUGUGUCUGACCAGGGUCUCCACAUGGACGACUUGAAGAUCACUGCUAUUGCGGAGUGGCCCGUCUCCACCUCUGCCAAGCAGCUUCGUAGUUUCUUAGGCCUCACCAGCUACUAUAAUAAUUUUAUCCAGGGAUACGCUAGGUAUUCCUACGUCCUUGCCUCCACCCUCCUCCGGAAGAACCCGCCGUGGUUUUGGACACCCCUGUGCGAGGACGCCUUUCGCGCCCUCAAGAAGGCGGUGACUUGUGCGCCGGUUCUUCGCCUCCCAGAUUUUGAUCGCCCCUUCAUCGUCACCACUGAUGCGUCAAAUUUUGCAGUAGGAGCAGUACUUUCUCAGGUGUUUACCUCUCCUCCUGAUUCACCUUAUCCCCAUGUUCCUCCUUCCCCUCCCCCUCCUGUUGACACUGCUUCUCGACUGACGCCUAUCUUCCCACCACUUCCCUCCACUGAUAGUCCUCCUAUUACUUAUUCCCCGACCAUCGCGGAGGAUGGGACUGUUGAGGCUCGUGCUGGGGAUUGCCCGAUCGCCUUAUACUCCCGUCAACUACUGCCUGCCGAGAUAAACUACACCGCCGAUGAACGUGAGGUUCUCGCAGUAGUUUAUGCCACCCGGCAUUGGCGUCAUUACCUGCACGGGGCGCCCUUCACGGUGCGCACGGACAACUCAGUUGUCCAAACUUUCCUCACGAAGCCUAAGCUUUCCCCUCGACAGGCACGCUGGUGGCGUGACUUAUCCGAGUUCAGUUUCACCACUCAGCCCAUCAAGGGUAAAACGAACCGCGUCGCCGAUGCCUUGUAUCGCCGUCCUGAUCAUAAUCAGGAACCCAUCCAUCUUGCUACCAUUUCCAUCACCACUGUUAAUCAGUCAGUGAUCGACGCAUAUCGCACUCAGUACCUCCACUGCCCUGAUUAUCGCGUCAUCCACGCGACACUUCCUUCCUUCUCCCUCGGGGAGAACGACCUUGUGUACUGGCAUGGCAGAUCUGGUCAGCUAGAACCACGUAUCUGCGUUCCCUCCACCGGACAGCUCCGCGUCCAGGCUGUAGCAAAGUUCCAUGACCAGGCAGCUGCCAGUCAUAUGGGCUUCCACAAGACGUUGGCUCGUGUUUGCCGCCUAUACAUCUUGCCGAAGUCUAAGGACUUCGUCAAAGCCUACAUCCAGGAUUGUCCUACCUGCCAGGAGGCCGCCGAAUCGAAGCAAUUGGAUUUCAAGUGGGACAGCAGCUUGUGGAAAGGUUCUCCAAGGACCGACCGAGAUUUACAGAUCACCUUGAGAUUAUAAAGUUCCUUUGUAAGGAUUUUUGGACAGGGGUUUUCAAGAAGCAGGUUGACAACUUGAAGACUAACCACCGGGUAUUGUUCUCUACCUUUGUGAUCCCCUAUUCUUGUGGGACAGUGUUCUCUCUCUCUUCUCAUGCCUAUGAACAGCUAGGCAUAGCGCACAACCAAGAAUCACCAGUGUGAGGAGGACGAACAAUGCGAAGCAGCGGAAGUGAAAGGAUUUCACUACAUCAGGCCCCAGUCCCAGUCCUGUGUACCACAAUUGUGUCCCAUGUAAAUGUGAUCCCCUAUUCUUGUGAGACUGUGCUCUCUCUCUCUCUCUCUCUCUCUCUCUCUCUCUCUCUCKCGCGCGCGCGCGCGCGCGCGCGCGCUGGCUCUCUCUCAAUAAAGACAUGGAACCGAA